AUGGUCAUAACUAGUGCUCCGUCGUUGACAUCACAACACACUACAAACCGAUCCAAUUCUCCUGAGUUUGAGCUCAUGGAGACAAUGUCCAUACAUUCGACACCUAACAGACAUUUACAUGAUAGUCGUCAAUCGCAUCCCAUGUUAGACAGUGUCAGCACUCAUAGCAAUCAUAGUCAUCAACAGCAACGACAACAACACCAUCAAUACAGUAGUCACUACUCACUGAACUCAUCGCCGUCUCGUUCUUCAGCAUCCAGUGAAGGACAGGACGUUAAGCUCAAUACCUCAGCCGUCUAUAAGUUAUUAAUGGGCCGUCCAGUGACCGUACGGCGCGACUAUUAUAUAGAUCGGGAACAACAGAUAAUGGACAAUACAUUUGUUAGUGAAACACUCUGUUGGCACAAUCGGUUUCGUGUAAAACACGACGUUCCCGCAUUGACCCUGUCCUAUGAUUUGGUUACUAUGGCACAGGAAUGGGCCAACUAUUUGGCUCACACCGAUACUUUCAAAUACCGUAACCAUCAGGAAAUAGGCGAAAAUCUAAUGUGCAAAUGGACCUGUCAUCCAGAUUUUGAUCCACCAGGUGAAAGUAUUGUGAAACUUUGGUACUCCGAGAUUGCAUUGUAUAACUUUAACAUUGAUCCAUCAAUAAUGCAUACAUUAGCAAAUCAUUUCACACAAAUUGUGUGGAAAAAUACCAAAGAGUUUGGUAUUGGAAAGGCUCACACACGCGGAGGAAAGUUGAUUGUUGUGGCAAAUUAUAGGCCAAACGGCAACAUUAAAGGCCAGUUUAAAGACAAUGUAUUGCCGAUAAUCAUUAAGGAUAACAACAAUCACACCGAUAAUAAUGAUGACAACAACGACGAUAAGUGUAGUCAAGACAACAAUAGCCCGGAAUUGUAUCAAUCGGCUGACGAAACAUCACUUCAAAGUCAGAGUCUAUUAAGUCAUUAG